GCAGUAGAAAAGUAUUGCACCUGGUUACAUGUAGAGUAAGAACUAUCACAUUCUAGAAAAAUUGACCUUUUUCGCACUGUCCAACAUGAUUUGGCGCGUCGAACGAAGUAAAAUUUUUUGUCGCAGAGUAGUGUUUUACAAAUCGAAUGCUUAGAUUUUUCUCUUGUGAUAUCGUUCUACAACGUAUGCAACCGUACGUACUCCGGAGUUGUAUUAACGCUUCGAAGUCAGACAAUUUUGUACCUACGUGUUUACUGUUCACUCAACUCCAACAGAAGAUUUUCUGCUCUAAUUCAAAAGGCGUCUUCGUUACCUUAGCAACUGUUUUCGUUGAUCGAAUUACCAUGGGAACGGCUCCUGAUUUAAAUCACAUCCGAUGAGCAACAAAUGGGAGACGAAUAAAUAAUGAUUACACAAGAUUAUGUUGAAGAUAGAAUUACUAGUUGCUGAAAUUGUUUACUUUCUUAUCCAUACUUCAAUGUAGACUGAUUUUUUGUGCUAAACAUUUUGCUCAGCCCGAAUGCUGGUGUUCGGCUUGGCAAAGCUCAAUCCAUUGUUGGUAUUUCAUCAUAAGAAGUAAAAUUUACUCACAUAAAUAUCAAAGUAUUUUAAACAGUGGAAAAAGAGCAUUUGUGAUAAUCCUUAGAAAACUAUUGACCUUCAGCAAGAGAAAGGCUAAACGAAAAAACAGAUUACAUACCUUUUACAAUUUUUUUCAAAACUCUAAAUUGAGGUAAAAGGAGUUUAUUUCGCAAAAAUACCGUCAUAGGUGAGAUAAAAGAAAGCGGUAUGAAAUGCAUGGAUCCAGAUAACAGUGCCGUGUGGCAAUUGUUGCCUGGCAAAGACCACAAGCUAGACAUAGAAGGCGAAUCUCCCACCCCGACGGAAAACGGAGUGCUCAGCUCAAACGGAACACUAUCCAAAUGUUCCACCGUCCCUCGCAAUAUGUGCCUUAAUGGAUUUUCCAAAGAGAAGCCGACUGCAUUUUAUCCGAAAUUCCGCCACUCCAGGGUCGUCCAGAAUCGCAACAGGAGAAGAGUGAUCCUCAAGAAUGGUGGAGUCAACAUCUGCAGAGAGAAUGUCUCCAAGAGAAGCCAACGCUAUCUCCAGGACAUCUUUAUCACCAUGGUGGACAUUCAGUGGAGGUGGAAUUUGUGCGUCUUUGCCAUGGGAUUCUUCGUGAGCUGGAUUGUUUUCGCAGUGAUAUGGUGGCUUAUCGCUUAUGCUCACGGUGAUUUAGAACACACAGACCACGAAAAAUGGGACCCGUGCGUGAAGAAUGUCCACAGCUUCGUGACUGCUUUCCUGUUUUCUGUAGAAAGUCAGCAUACCAUUGGGUAUGGGUUCCGCUACACCACCGAAGAGUGUCCAGAAGGCGUGUUCAUGAUGUGCAUCCAGUCUGUAACAGGUGUCAUGAUCCAGUGUCUUGUAGCAGGGAUGGUGUUCGCCAAGCUGUCCAGACCCAAGAAGCGCAGUCAGACCCUAAUGUUCAGUCGGUACGCCGUCGUGUGUAUGAGGGACGGCAAGUUAUGCAUGCUGUGGAGAGUAGGAGACAUGCGCAAAUCCCAUAUCAUUGGGGCACAGAUCAGUGCACAGGUCAUCAGCAGAAAGGUCACGGUAGAAGGAGAGGUCAUACCAUAUUAUCAUACGCAGUUAGAGGUCCGCUGUGACGAUGCAGGAGAUAGGGUUUUCUUGAUCUGGCCCGCAACUAUUGUGCAUGAAAUCAACGAGACGAGCCCCUUUUACAACAUGUCCGCUCAGGAUGUGCUCAGCGACAACUACGAGCUCAUCGUGGCGCUGGAGGGCACUAUCGAAUCCACGGGACAAGCCGUACAGGCCAGAACUUCUUUCGUCCCAACCGAAAUUCUUUGGGGGCAUAGAUUCGAACAGAUGGUCUGCUACAACAAAGAGACGGGAGAAUUUCUGGUUGAUUACAGGAAAUUCAACAGUACGUAUGAAAUUGAAACGCCGCUCUGCAGCGCCCACGACUUCUACGAGUAUCGUCGUGCUAUGUCGGUGUCUUCCCGCGCCGUCAGCUACUCUGUUGGUACCAACGAGGCAUCCAGCCUGGCCUCCUUCCGGCGUAGCGAAUCCACCACGGAGGAACAAUCAUCCUCCUCUCAAGUUCAAGUUUCUGCGACUGUCCUCUCCACGGCUGGAAGCGGAGACGAAUGCUGAGAGAACUGCAACGGAGGCUAGUUUAUUAGAAGCUUCUCUAACAUUGCAGAUUACAGUAGUGCCAGAUUGAAUCAAAAGUCUAUCAGUUAUUGUUCAGAUGAAAUUCCUUUUCCUCUGUGAUACUUAGUAUUUACGACUAUGAUUACCCUUUUUUUUAGUUCUAUGUAUCACUUUAGACUCUGGAACUUUACCAAAGAUUUCUUUCAGGAAAUGUUCCGGUUUGCACAAGAUAAAUGAACUGUGAAUAUUAUUUUUAUACUUGCCAAAAGAAACUUUUUGCAUAAAAUGUCUGCGUAUUAAUUUAGGCAGAAUUCGAAAUUGUGAUUGACUGUGUCUUUGUAAAUUUUGCAGCCCUGUCCACCAUUAAAUCAUGUGACUCAAGAUAUAACUUCAAAUAGCUGACGUUAUGCAUUAUUAUUACAGAAGCUUUAAUGUACUUGGAAUGAGAAAUACUCAAAGUUCUAUCCUUUUCUUUUAUGAGCUCAACAAAAUUCAUCAUAGUUCCAACCAUAUAAGCAUGUUACAGAGAAAGACAUAAGUAAUUUUUUUUUAUGGUUUUGUCACAAAGCAUUAUGAACUAAAGUGAAAGUUAUUAGAUAAGAUUAAAAAACAAAAUCUAAAAAAACAAAUUGAUCAAACUGAUUCAGCAUGUAUUUAGCAUGCAUUUAAAAUCCUUUUUCAAAAUAUAUUCCUUCAAUUGUUUUUUUUUCUCUCAAAUGAUAUUUAAUUUACACAGCAAUUAGUCUUUUAUUAAGGUUAUAAGAAUCUUCCAUGAUUUUUUUUAAAUCCUUGUUUGCAAAUCGAAAUAGCUAUAUUGCCAAUUUUACACACCUAAAAGUAGGUUCUAAUCGUUUCCUACUUAAAGUCUUGGAAGAGCUUGAUGUUCGUGUAUGUUUUUUAAUAUGAGUUUUGGUGUUGUAACAAAUCUGUUGUUGUAUUGCAAGAUUUUUUUUUGUUUUGUUUUGUUUAUGUGAUGUUAUUUGUUGUAAACCAUCCCAAGCGAACCAAAUAUGUAUCCAAUGAGAAUGAAAGAUCAUUUUCUAGUUGUUAUUGUGCCAUACCCUAAUCAAAAAAUUGAGAAAGAUUUAAUGGUGUUUAACAAUUAUUUUUUUAAAAAAAUAGUGUUAAACUACUUGAAAUGAUUUUUUUUGCAGUUAGAAAACUAUCAACAGUAACAGAUACUUCUGUUUUAUUUCUUUCUGAAAUGAACUGACAUAUUAAAACUUUUGAAAUAGAGAAAUGCUUUGCAGCUUAUUGAGUUAUACUUCAUUGUUAUGCAUUAUGUUUAACUGAGAAAUUAUUGAAGUGAAUGAACUUGGAGCAUACUAAUGUCAUGUUUUAAAUGUUUGUGUUUAGUAAAACCAAUUGUUUAGUUUUCAAAUUCUGAAUUCUAUUAAAUUUUGACAUAAAAAAUUCAUUUAAGUGUUUCUUUCAUCAUGUUUUUUCGGAAAAAGGAAAAAAAAUCACUGUUCUAAGUUAUUACUUCUUGCAUUGUAAAUGAUUUAGAUAUUUAUCAUUAAAAAUUUAUGAAUCUUACAAUUUAAAGGAAAUUAUUUUGUAAUUAUGAAUUUAACAGACAAGGACAAAAGAGAUUGGUGAUGCAUGUUAUAUCAAUUUGUUAUAAGACAAAUUUAGAAUUACUCCAUGUUUGUCCCCUUCUCUUCAUAAUUGUGUUCAGAGCUCUUGUGUUUAGAAAAGUACCGCUAAGCUAACGUAGCCAAUGCUCAAGACUCUUAAAGAGUUGGUUAAAAGCCUUGAAAAUAAUUGACAAAACCCUUGGAACUUUCCUUAGCUUAAAAGCAGCUAACUGAAUCCAUCUGUUUGCCAAUAAUAUAUAAAUUCCAAGAAUACCUUAAGAAGAAACAAAAAACUUUUUUUUUCAUUUCUUAAACCUUCCCAUAAAUGCAGAAACUUGCAGGGCAGACCUUUUCGUACACAGAGCAACAUUUCCCCCAAUUUACUCCAGAGUAAAACAUAUGGUUCAAAACAAUGAAAUCAUUUUCUUGUACUUUUACAUAUCAAGCUGUUAACAACUGAAUAUUUUAUCAUAAUGUCUUGUAGUACUUUUUUCAAUUAAAUUAAGUGUAGAACAUAUCAAAAUCAAAAAUAUCAGUUGAGUGUUCAAAAUCUCACAGAGCAGAGAUUGGAGAAAUUCUUAGUGAAAUACAAAAUAAGAGACAAAAGUUGCUAUGACCGAAAUAAGAAAGCAACACUAGAAUGGUGAAGGUAAAUGAAACUGCAAAGAAAAAUAUCAAGUUGGGAACACUUUCAUAUUGAAGAGUUCAUUCCCAAUCUUCAGAUUCCAGGUUGCUGAGUAGAAAAAUUCAGAACUCCUUACAAACUGAGGAAUGCCAACAACUCAAUCUGAACUAUUUUGAUAUUGUAGUUGGGCUGUUACCAUCCUCAAGGAAGCUCCAGAAUUUUACAGCAUUAGGCUCUAUGUCCUUCUCUACAAUUCAAUUGAAUAUUUGAGUUGUAUUUAACUUUCCAACAAAUCAUCAGAGGUUAUGACCUAACUACAAUCAUGAAGAUUUUAUAGUUGGUUUACUCUUGACUAUUGCCAUCAGUUCUUUUAGAACUGUGACAUGCUUACCAACUUCUAGCGGCCUUGCAAAGUGCAGCAUACCACUUUUAUUGCCUUAUUCUCAUAUAGUAGAAUCAAAUGGCAGACUUGAUAAGCAACCUACCUUGUCAGGGAGUCAUAUUGCAAAUAUUUAUUUUGCUUUUACCUGUGAUAAAUAAGUGAGAAUUGCCUCCUCACACUAAAUAAUGUUAGGGGUCAAUAUGAUUUGACAUCUUAAUGUUACCAACAGACGUGACUAAGUGAUAAAAUAGGAUUUUCAAAUUAACCUGAAUGAAAUAAUAAGAUGUAUUCAGGUUUCAGCAAUACCAAUCCUAGUGAUGCAGUUUCAGUUAUUACUAGAAUUUAUAAUGCAUAGUUCUAAGAUGUUUCUUGAUGACUGUUCCAUUGUAGCAGAGCCAAUAUUAUUUUUUCAACUGCUGCACAAUUAUUCUGUUUAAGUGUGUUGCGUUUCUUCCUGUUUGUAUAUAUUUGCUGGGCCUAUAUACACAUUGUUAUCUAGUUGAUCUUUUAUACACUUGUUUAGAUAUUUUGUAAAAAAAAUGUAACUGUAAUAAACUAUAUAUUUCGUGCGAAAUGAUUUGAUAAGUUUCUUUAAUGAAUUGAAUAAAGUUUAGAUAUGACCGCAUAUUCUCGUUUCUUGUAUUAAAAUAUAUUCGUAAUAUUUUGUGAAAUAAAAGACAAUCAUU